AUGUUCAAAUUAGAAUCCUACAUAACUCCUAUCCUUCUGAGCUACGUCAACAGAUACAUCAAUAAUUUCAAGCUAGAAGACUCUCAAGUGUCUUUAUGGGGUGGAGAUGCUUCUUUUCACAAUCUGGAGCUAAAUUUGCAAGUGCUAGAGAAAGAACUCCAAUUACCAUUUAGUUUUGUAUCUGGUAGUAUCAGAGAAUUGCUAAUACAUGUACCAUGGACGAAACUAGCUUCAGAACCAAUAACUAUCACUAUAAAUACUAUAGAGUGUAUUUUAAAUUUGAAAGGAAAAGAUACUGCAACUAGAGUUGAAGCUACCAAGGACAAACUAAAGAAACCAACUAGUCAUGGAAAGGAAAUUGAAGCACCUCAGGGUUAUGUUCAAUUACUUAUCAACAAAAUUGUAAGCAAUAUUAGGAUUUAUUGUAACAAUGUAAUACUGAAAUAUGUUGAAGAAGAUAUUGUUCUUUCUAUGAAUGUCAAACAUUUGAAAUUUGAAUCAGCCAAUAACAAAUGGGAAGCAGCCUAUACAGAUAUAUCACCUGCUGAAGUUAUAUUAAGAAAAGUCAUUACUGUUAAUGAUUUAACACUGUGUCUGGACAAAAGGAAUGCUUCUGGAAAAAUUGAGGUCUACCAAGAACCUAUGUUGUAUAGGUGUUCUUUGACCAUGCAUUUACUGAAACAUUAUCAUUCUGCUACAGCUAGUAGGGCUUCUACAACUAGGCUUGAUAUUUAUUGCAAUAGUAUGGAGUUCAGUAUGACAGAACAACAAGUCCCUAUGUUAAUGAGACUACUUAUGCUCCUUUAUGCAUUACAACAGAAACAGCUGAAACCUGAAGGAGAUUCAGUAUCAGAAAGUAUUAGUGGUACAUCAGAAUCGAGAGAUAAUUCAGAAAAUUCUGAAUCGUGGACUGGCUGGGCCUGGUCAUAUGUUUCUUCAGUGCUGCCUGCACCCUGGGACGAAGAAAUCAAUGAUGAACAGUUUUCUCACCAAAAGGGACACACUCUACAUUUUGGAUUUUAUGUUGACAGUCUAUCAAUAACUUUCAAGGUAUCUGAAGCUAGUUCUGAGCGUGGUGGUUACUAUACACACAAAAAACUGAGGUACAACCCGAUGUUGACGUUGCAACUCCAAGAAAUAUAUUCAGAAAGUAUUAUACACGGUCUGAAAUGGUUUAAUGCAACGGGGGGGAUUAGUCAAGCCAUUUUACUACCCAUCGGAAGUUGUAGUUGUUCUUAUAUUGAGAAUCUUGAUGAUAAUAACCCUUCGCAUUAUUUGAAAAUAGGUUCAAUUAGCAAUUCUCAUAAAACAGACUCGCUUUUUGAUGCUGAAGCUGUAGAAAAUAAGGGGAAACGUAGGCAGUACAACACUUCCUGGGACCAUCACAUGACAGUUAACCCAGAAUCAGUACUUCUGGAGCGUACUCCAGCCUUCGCAUUCGACUAUGUGUAUCAAAUGGAGAUACCUAGCGAUGCUUCAAGCGAUAUCUUGUCAGAGUUGGGCAGCAACUAUGAAUUCAGCAACCUCUCUGAAUCCUCUUGUCUCAGGAUGUGCUUCGGCCCAUUGAACUUGCGACUUUGUUCAGGUUUUUUCCACAGGACUAGUUCCUUGCAAAUAGCAGCCUCUUACUAUGAUUACCCCCCGUACUAUACUUUGAAACCUGACUUGCCACUUCAAGACUUGUUGCCCCCAUCAGAGGAGGAUUUUGAUGCCUUGAAUGAGUUUAUACCAAGCAGGAAAAUGAGGAUAACUUUUUUUGCCCCAAUAAUUGAAUUGGAACUUAUGGAUCAUCCGUAUUUCCAGCCUAGCAAGGGGACUUUGUUCAAAAAAAGAAAGAAAAUAUCAACAUCUACACCCGUCAAACCUCUAGUAGAACUGCCAAAAUACACCAUAGAAUGCCAAUUCCUCGAUAUAAGCAUUGACUACCCGAUGUACGUCAAUCGCUUGGUCCACACGACCUGUCAACUGCCAGACCCUCCCAAACAGCUAUUCGACGCCUGUUUCACACAGCGAAAUGUCAAAGUAGUCGGUCUGUCUAGCCGUCUCGUUCUCAGCUCGCAGAGACACACCACCAUAUUGACACCUUCCAGUCUGUCAUACACGUAUAAGUGCAUUUUGAAGCCGCAGUAUUGGCGCAACUCGGAUAUUCCACAUGAAGAGACUACUUUCGAGUCGGAGAGUAUCACUUUGAAUGGCACCAACGCCAAAAUGAUGGUGAUAGCUUAUGUCAUUGGGAAAAUGAUGAAGAUGGAUUCAGAAGAUGCUGUUAAGACGAUUAACAAUACGUCUUUGUUGUCGGAUGCUUCUAUAGAUCAUGGUUUGCCUUAUAUGGAAUUGUGUAUAGAAGGUAUUCGUUUCAAGAAAGUUGUCACAAACUCUACCAUAUCUUUUGAUGCCAGUUUGGGUUCAAUAAAAGCUUUUAUCUCUGAACCGACUUAUAUUGUUGGCCCUAAAUCACCUUCAGAAGAUAUCCAACAAGUUUUAUUUAUAUCUGGACCAGAGCCAACAUGUAUGGACAAUCUAGAUUCAUCAAAUAAUGUGAAUUUGGAAGAACAACCACUAUUGACAGCAACUCUACAAUAUCCUAUCAGCCCCGAUGUUCAAAAACAUCCUCCCGUUCUACUAUUCAAUCUUCGGGAGAUUAGAAUUUGCAUUGACCCCCUGCUAUGCAGAUGGUUAUUAUACACUCCAAAAUUGCUUGUCCCGAAAAACGAUAUUUUCGAUCCGUCAUAUCAAAAGAACAAAAACAUUUCGGAAGCGAGCGGCAGUGCAGCAGAAACACCCCGUAGAUUAAGCAGUCAGAUCGAGUCGGUACAUAGUUCUGAUAGAGAAACGUUCAAUGUUCCUCAGAAAGUACAAGUUAUCAGAGAAGAAACAAUUGAUAUGCAAGAGAGAAUCUAUAACGUAUUGAAAAAGUGGUUUGAUGUUUGGAAAGGGAUAUUUCUAUAUGGAGAUGUAUCUCAGUGUACUAUUUAUUUUCCAUUGGAGUCGCUAUCAGCAAUUGGAUCACAAGGCAUCCAAGAAGCAGUGGAUGCAGCCGUAAACAAAGAACAUCCACCAGACAUCAUGGUCAUCACCUUACCAUUCGCGAAUAUCCGAAGCGCCCACAGACAAAGCAUCACCAAAUUUCUGAAAACACUCCCAGCUAGUUUUCCCGACACCAUAUGGACGGCAACGAAGUCCAGCUUUCCCUGGACAAUGUCCAUAUCGGACUUGAGCUGCUACACCAUUCAAGAUGGCAACAAACUGAUAUUCUUGAAGCCCGUAUCACUCAACUCCACGGUCGGUUUGUCUACUAGGCCGAUCCGAAGCGAGGCAGACAUGUCGAUGAGCAGUGCCAAGACCGAUUUGGGUUAUCUGGGGGUGUGUGUUCACAUUGACAUGACCCCUAUAGUGGUGUCGACGUCAGAGGUGCAGGUCUAUCUGUUCGCGAGCAUACUCUACGGCCUUAUGGAAGUCGUAACCAAUUUGAUGCCGGAGAAAACCAAAGUGGUAUCUAAGACUCCCGAACUAGUGCCCCCUGUUGUCAGCAAGAACAGCUCUACCGUGUCCCCGACUGUCGUCAGAGAAAACACUUUCGAUUCUACGAGUGAGCGAACGCCUCCGAUGAGCUCCUUAACCGAGAAAGACAUUGACAGCGAUAGUGUCAAAUUGACGGCUUGGGUGCAAUGGACUAUAACGAGGUUCACGAUCGAACUGUUGUCCAGAGAGUACAAGAAUGGCCCCGAGGACGAAACGGAGUCUUUGCAGCCGAGGUUGAAGUUGGUUUUGGAUGCGGAGGAUAUUGUUAGCUCGUUGGAUUUCCAGAGUGUGUACUUGAAGGUUAAGAGCAAGAUUGGGUCUGUUUCUAUUCGGCAUUAUAAAAGGACAAGCCCUAGUUCUGAAUGGAACCCAGGUCCUUUUUCUGGUAUUGUAAUGAGACUGCGGGAAGAUGUCGGUUCAGGUCAAAGGCAUGAAGACAGCGGUUUUAUAAACGUAACUAUCACCAGAGCCAGUUGUCAGCAUACUCAUACUUUGUGGGGUGCUGUCCAAAAACGCAACAAAGAUCUAAAAAAAGGAGACACUUCUAAUCCUCCAUUAUUAUCAUUGUCGAGGUAUAUCACAGAGGUUGUUGUUGCCAUACAACCAAUAGAUUUUGUUAUAUCUCUGAAAACUCUACGUAGUUUCUAUUUGGUAAUGGUUCCUCUGCUACAAAUUCCCAUCAGUGAUGAACCAGAAACCGUUGAUUCUAACGCAUCAUUGAAUAUUAAUAACCAACUUUUACCUCUGGCCUAUUUGGAUUGCCAAGAUAUAAGAAUCAUAAUGCCCUCGGUCGAACUAGGAUGCGCUAAAGCUACUCAUGAUGUCAUUAUUUUCCAAGUGCAGAAAAUAUGUUUGAAUCCUUCAGCAAUAAAUCCGAUCUGUAGAACACCAAUCAGGUCCGACAUCUAUGAUCAGGCUGCACAUGCAAGAAUUUUAAACAUACCAGGAAGUGAAGUGGAAGAUAGGCAGUACCAACUCGACCUACUUGGUAUGUCAAUAUCUACUGGCACCUGGGAAGACAUUGACUCGGUUUUUACUCCAAAAGGCAACAUAACCUCAGUGCUUAGAGGUUUGAGCGAAAACCCAGCAUUAGAAUGGAAUAACCUAGAUCAGGGUCAACCUAAUCUUACUCCAAUUCUGAAUCUCUGGUACGUCACUGAGAAAUUUGAUAUUUCUAUCAUAGCAGCACCUGCUAUGGUCUAUAAAGAAGCUACUGUUGUUUGUGGACACUCCAUUGAGGUGAACUUUGUGACGGAUAUCUUCGUUAAUCUUUCACUGCAUCAAAUAAGGCUCGUAUCGGCUCUAUUGGGGGAAUUUCUCUUAUUAGUUGAACCGUUUAUUCUCGAUGAAGGGCUUAUGAAAAGGCCCAAAAUCAAGUUCCCUUAUUCGAGGUUUGAUACCACCCCACUAGAAAUCGAUGAAACUGAAACAAUGGAAAUACUUCGUGACUCUGGCAUCGAAACUUCUGAUAUGAGAAGUCUUUUAUCAUCCAAAGUUGUGAAAACUAUUCAUAAGACAGAAAAAUACUUAUUUCCGAGACCUCCAAACCCUUUGCCUAAAAGUUAUGCCUCAAUACCAUUUGAGCUACUAGUCACCGCAGGAAAAAUAUGCCUAGCUCUUUAUCAAAUGGAUGUUCCAAAACCUUCUCACGUCAAACAGAAGAAUCGAAAAAGGAGAACCACCAAAAGGGUUGAUGAAGACUUAGGUUAUGAGGCAGAAGAAGAGAAUGUCGAGGACCAGGAAGAAUCAAGCAAGAAAUAUCAACCGUUGAUUUAUGUUUGCUUGAAGCAACCAAACGCUUUUGUCUCCAAGCAACAGUUUGUGAAAAAGAUCAAUGUAUCUAUUUUCGAUUUGAAAUUGAAACUCAUUGGUUCAGAAUACCUUCCUAUUAUUGGUAGGAUACCUACUGAAGACGAUUAUCCUGUAGAUAUCUUGGAAACCAGGUGUGGUGUUCCUGAUGCUAAUACAGGAAUAUAUCCGCUGUUUUUUGCAGUACGAUUUUCUAAAAGUGUUGGUAAGAAUGCUACCUUGGGCUUUGAGUUAUCAAAACCAACGAAGAUUCUGUGUUCACCCUCCGCAUGGGGCUACUUAUUCAGCGUAAAAGAAAAGGUUCUAGAAACAUUCAGAGGUAGCCAAAAGGAUCUUGUGAUACCAGAAAGUGUGUCGAAGGUUUCUGAAACUUCUAGUUUAAUGUCAUCCAAGCCCGGACGAAAUAAAGUAGGGGGUACUUAUAGUAAAUUUCAGGAUAUCAAGGACAUGUUGAGAGGUACCAACAGUAUAGAUGCCAAAUUCAACCAGAUAAUAUUAUCUGUGAAAUCUGAUAGUGGACAUGAGCUGAAUCUAGGUUUUGAGAAGCUCAAAUCUUCUUUGAACCUUUCGGUCCGACCAGAAAAACUAUCUGUAAACACGAAUUUCCACUGCAUAACCUUAACUGUCAUAAAAGAAACUUACAGAAAACUUCUUCUCAACCCUUGGACGAUAUCAUUCGACAUAUCUAUGUUUUGGGAGGCUUGGCAAAGCUUAGACAGUAACCCUCAAGUCCAAGUUAGUGCCGAAUCAGAUUGCAUCGUGAUAGAUAUAAGCCCCGAACAGAUUCGAUGUGUUGAAAUGGUAGUUAAGGAUAUCAGUGAGUUCGCGUCUGGUCUAUCUUUCAAACAAGAAAAGAGUGAUGGUUUGUUGUUCAUGGAACCAAUACAAAGGAAGGGUUCCGAAAAGGAUCAACAUUAUAAAGAUGAUCUCAGAGCUGGAGCAUUUCAGUUCGUUGAUGCCAGUACUGACAAUUCUGAUGAACAGCCUUUGCCUUACCAGGUUAUGUUCUGGAAUAAAAACAUAUCGGCUAUGGCUUGGCGUUACCCCCAGCCGAGAGCAUUGACGAAAGUAAGGGUAUUUCCUGUUCCUUACAAAAUUACGUUGGGGUCUCAAGACGACUUACAGGUGCUUUGCCACUUGGAGUACUGGUCGGAUUGUAGGAAUUGCUAUUUACCGUUCACCCAGUUUUAUUUAUCAGAGAGUGAAGUAUGUCAUUUGUCACUGCCUGAAGGGAGCCCACAGCCUAUAGUAGCUGCCACAUGGAGAGUUGUUAUAACUAUGAUGAAUGACAAGGAAGAUCAAUCUACGAAUAUACUCAUUUCUCCUAGAGCUUUAGCAGCUUGUAUGAGAAUAGACUCAUAUUUUAAUAAAUUGCUCAUUCCCAAUUUGACAGCAGCUUUAUACAUAACGAAAGUUGACGUUUCACUGUACAACUAUUUCGAUAAAACAUUUCUCACCAAAUUACCAGAUUGCCUCAAAAACUACACCCCUGACCUAUUAUUCCCUGAAAAUCAACGUUUCCUCACCCUCACCUGGUACAACCUAACUGGGUACUUGUCUAGCUGGGAAUUUGACAUUAUUUCCACAGAACUCAGUUCAGCCAUUAAAUGCAAUGUACUGGACUACAAUUUCUUGACUGAACAGCCUCUAAUAGAACCCUUCACUUGCAAGAUCGAAGUUAACAUGAAGGAUCAUCUGAGUUGCAACUUCAUUUCUAGACCCAUACAGGUCAAAUUUGGACCUAGCAUUGCUCACUCUUUUGCAAUAGCAACACAAAUGUGGGACCAGACUUACAAAAGGAAGGAUACAAAAGGAGAUUUCAUCGUGAUGACUCGAUACGUAAUCUGCAAUGACACCAACACGAAUAUGAGAUUCGGUCAAACAGCUACCGAUGAGGAUAUCCUUUUGCCGCCAAAACAUUUUCAUGUAUACAGUUGGAGGUCACACAAGAAGAAACAACAAUUGAAAGUGGCCUUGGAAGAGAACGGUUGGGUCUGGUCAAAAUCUUUCACGAUUUUCGAUGAAGGAAUUCAAACAAUACAGUACAAUACCGAGAAUAAUGUUUCCAUGUUGAUUUCUGUCACUGCAUUGUCGGCUACACAGAAAAAAGUGACAAUAUCUGGUCAGCUAGUAGUCAGCAAUAUGCUGAUGGAGCAUUUCGAGUUGAAAGUUAUAGAGGCUCAAUCCUUCAAAGAAAACAAAGAGAACGAAUUCAAAAACUCGCCUACUUAUGUGAUAGCUGGCAGGAGCACUUCCGCCUCAAUUUUGUUGAACAAAAGAAAGACGUAUUUUCUGAGGUUGAGAUUUUACGGGUUGGAAUCAGCUUGGACUGGUGAUAUUCCUCUCAGAGAACAUAACAAUGGAUCACAACCUUGGUUAGUUAAAGUUCCUUUGCAAGAACGUGGUCAGUUUCUUAGCAUCUGGUGUCGUAUAGUGAUUCAGGAUAUUCAGAAAACAAAAAGAGUACUAGCGAUGCUCUGGCCUCUAUUCAUGGUCAAGUCAAAUCUUGCCGUCAAUUCUAAAAUUCAUAUUGAGACACCUACUCUUAAAGUACAUCUAGACUCAGUUGUCAAUGGUAAAGGAGAAUUACAGCAGCUUUAUUGUCCUGGUACCAUCGACCACUCGCAUCAAUUAACUUUUAAAAUUGAUAACAGGAAUGAUUCAUCGAAUCCUUAUGUACCCCUCAACUAUAGUCUUGUAGAUCAACAAGAAUUUUUCAAAAAAUCUGCCGAAGAAGAUAUCGAAGAUAUACUUAGUGUCUUGGAUAAAUUCAGUGAAUCAAAGUGGCCCUAUUUAGGAGAUGAUUUGAAUGACAUUAAUUGGAUAGUGGAAGAUCAACCACUAACACAUGUUCAAGUUAGGUACCAGAAUGCAUCUGAGCAUUCAUGUUCGUUAUUAGUGGAGCUUUUGCCAUGGUGUCUCACAGUUAACACUUUAGGAGUACCAAUUUCUAUCAUGUUGAAUGGUAUUGAGUUAUGUAGGAUACAACAUCAUGGAGUUGUAGCACCACCUAAGUUAGAGGAAAAUUUCAAUCUAGGUGUUUGUACAAGAGGCACUUGGUGUCUAUCAGAGCCCCUUCAGUUGGCCAAAUCAGACUGGAGCCAAUCUUUUUACAUGCCAAAGAUAACAGGUACUAUUCCUCUAGAAGGUUUUAUAAAAACUGCUGUCAAAAGCGAGUCUCACAUCUCCAUGGUAUCUGUCAGCAGUUCUAUUUCAAAUGAAAUUAGAUUACUUAAGGUGUCAUCUAGUCACGUUCUGUCCAAUCAUAUGUCGAUGCAAGUACAAGUGAUAUGCUUUGCAGUCUCGGAAGGGGACGAUGAAUAUGACUUUCCAGUGAACAUAGAGCCGUAUUGCUUCACAGUAGCACCACAUUCUCAAAAAAGUAAUUCAGGUAUUUCAAUCAUCCAGUGGCACACCCUAACUAAAGAAGAUUCAACUUCAGACUAUGCACUUUACAUAUCCUUUAGUGUGCAGCCUGAUUUGGGCUGGUCAUGUCCUUUGAGAGUAGACAAACCGUUUUUGCGAAAGUCCUUCUGUAUAGCUUCUACAGACCAUCCCAUACCAGUUGUCCUCACCUGUCAGGAGCACAAAGGACAAACUUUCUUGGCUGUCCACAAUGACACGACGCCACAACUUUUUAUCGAAAAUAAAACUGGUACUACCAUGUUUUGCGCACAGUCUCUUGAAGAGGGCAGAGUGGCAAAAGAAGCACAGCAUUUCAAGUGGUAUUGCAGGAUUGAUAAUUUGACGUAUCGGUACUAUACUAUGCCGGUGUUGUCUGACAAAUUCCCAGAGAUGCCUCAGAAAAUGUUUUCUGAGAAAAUUGUUUUGGCGUGUGAUCCUGAAAGUGAUUUGAAUGACUUCCAGUGGUCAACUCCGGUUAGUAUCGUGCAUGAUAAUGAACAGUUCCUGAGGAUACCAUACUAUGGGGAUAUCAAGGUUACAAUAGUUAAUGCUGCGUGUAUAAUAUUUUUAACACUUGAUUCAGUGAGCCAGGUUGAAUUCAGUGCUAGAGACAUAAGGGUGAGACUGUCUAUGCACGAGAGUGAAGGAACUAGGGUUUUGGAGAAAUCAUCGGAACCUACUGCUUUAGUUUCUUCAAAACCAUACGACACCACUAAUAUACCAAAAUCUCUCUCUGACACUUCUCUACCUAGUACUAGCAAGCAAAGCGAAUUGAUGCAAAGAGCCCAUCCGUUCAAUGAUAGUCAACAAUCUUCUUUCUACUCGAGCCAAUACCAUUGGUCAGAGACAAAUUUGACGUUGCUUUCUACUAGAACGAAGUCUCUCAUAGUUAGUACUGUACCCAUGAGAAGUAAAUGGAGUUCUGUUGAUGUCAAGGUCUUUUUAAAGAGUUUUUCUGUGAUAUUAACUUCCGACCUUGAACUAAAUGGUAGUGAGAGGUGGGAGGUUGCUGGAUUCAUCUGUGAUAAUGUUGUUUUAAAAGCUACACAAAUAGAAAGUAUGAAAGUUAAAGUAUCAAUGUCUGGCGUACAAUUUGACAAUCAGCUUUAUUCGAGAGAAUCAUAUGAUUUUCCCGUAAUUCUGAUAGGCCAGGAUGUUAAAGACGUCAACAAAUUAUCUUCCUUGAACAUUCCUAUAGAAGCUUUGCUAGAAAAUGCUGAUGAGAAUGCAUUAUUGAUACUUGAUUUAACUUUGGAGACUUGGACUGAACAGUCUUGUAAUAAAUUCAUCACAGGUGUCAAAUCUGUCAAAAUAACAGUGAAUCCAAUUUCCUGUUACAUCGAAGAUACUUAUAUUUCUAAACUGAUGGAUUACCUCAGUGUCUUCGUACCGAUCAAACUUGUUAUGUGGCCACAUAGAAAUAUUAGGGUCAAUCCACAUGCCAUGUCAGGAUCGGUUAGUGUACCGGAGAUUAUAUCCUGGCAAUGUGCGAUUUUAGCUAAACCAUUGACUUUGAGAAAUUUGACUAUAGAUCCGGUAUCUCUCUUGUUGUCCGUACAUUCCUCCGUCAAAAUUUAUAUAGCUUUGGACCAGUCGCCUCUCACUUUUGGUAAAUUUGAAAGAAGAAGACUGUUUACUACACCAUACAGGUUAGGUCAUGCUUUGACAAUGCACUAUUUGUCAGGCGCCAUAUUUGGGGCUGGUUGGGUGGUGAGCUCGUUAGAACUGUUGGGAAGCCCAGGAGGUUUAGCUAGAGCAAUGGGAACAGGAUUGAGAGAUUUUGUUAGCCUUCCAUACAGAGGUCUUGUUGUUGGUCCAAUGGCAUUUCUCUGGGGUAUAACUCAAGGUUCUGCAUCACUAAUGAAGCAUGUAACUGCAGGAACUCUGCAAUCUGUAACAAAGCUAGCCUCCAGCGUGGCCAGAAAUUUGGAUAGGUUAUCUUUGGACGGCGAACAUUUGAGAAGGACUGAAGAACAGAGGCGACAGAGACCUCAGGGUCUAGCACAAGGAUUCAUGCAGGGCUUGACUGGUUUGGGAAUAAGUCUGCUGGGAGCUGUGGGGGGAAUAGCACACCAUCCUCUUCAGUCCAUGAUGGUUGAUGGGGCCUCACCGCGAUCUUUAGUCACAGGUGUCGGUCUCGGGUUGGUCGGAAUGAUCACCAAACCUCUUAGUGGAGCGGCAGAGUUGGUAGCACUAACUGGAGAAGGUCUACUCCAGGGCGCAGGCUGGAAUUCACUUCCCCAACCUCGCUCACCCCCUCUGGUGAGCAAAAUCGAACACAGCGCCUACUCAAUAUUGAAAUACAAUUGGAAGCACAUCCGUGCCAUGUCUCCUUCCCAGAUGCUCUUCGUAACGGAAGCCACGAGCAUCUCCAGCUCGUCGCAGUACGAAGCGAUAGCUUUGAUACUGACGCUAGACGCUCUCGUCAUCGUCAACUUGGACGAAGACGAGACUCAGAGGAUCAUCAGCCUCUCAGAGCUGACGGUGUGUCCGAGCAGUGAUCCGACCUUACUCGUGUUCAAGCUGACUCCUCCGCUGACGCAAGUGGAAUCGGAGGAAGAGUGUGCUGUGGAAAUGGACCCUGUCAGCAGAGCGAGAGUGGCGGACUAUGUGAAAAGCACUAAGGGACUGCUGAACUUGCCAGAUUCGGUUAGUGCGGAGCACUCUGACAUCGAUAUAUCGCCUUUGUCUUCGCCAGGGGCUGAGGAAACUGUACAAGAAACUCCGAUGUUGACGUUCUAUGUGAAUUUACAGAGUAGAAACUAUUUUUUGUGUUUCUUGGAGCUCGCCAAACAGCAACAACAUAGCACUAACUUUCCGGUCUUAUGA